CCUCUACAUAAAUACUAAACCCUCAUCUUCUCUCAAUAUCUAAUCACACCAAACUCCCCACCCAAUCAAACAAAAAAUCAUUAUCUGAUAUAUCCGCGCAAUCGAGAUGGAAAUGUCCUACAACUUCACCAAAGUAAUCUUCAGUUUUCUCACUAUUAUUGCCUUGGCUCAAUCAGCACCAACUCCAUCUCCACCACAAGCUUCAAACACAAACACAAACACAAACUACAUCAGAAACAAAUGCAGGACCGCAACAUAUUCCAAGCUCUGUUACCAAACACUGUAUCCCUAUGCUUCUUUUGUCCAAACAAGCAACUUAAACCUCUGCAAUGCUGCCGUCACCGUAGCCAUUCAAGGUGUCCGAAGUGCUAACAAAACGAUCUUCAACUUCGCCAAUCAGAAAGGGUUGAGCAAGAUGGACAUGGCAGCGCUCCGGGAUUGCAAAUCUGAUAUGAGAGAUGCGGUUUCCGAACUCAAGAAAACCAACUCUGCUUUGAAACGUCUUAAAGGCCGUGACAGACAAUUUCAAUGGGCUAAUGCCAAGACUUACGGCAGCGCUGCUGAAUCCGACAUUGAAUCGUGCCGAGAUGGAUUUGCUGAAAAGAAAAAGAUUUCCGCUGUGGGGCUAAAUAUCAGAAGUUCCUUACUACUGGUAGAACAGAGGAUCAGUAAUGCCCUGUAUCUUAUCAACCAUCUUUACUGAUUAAAUAGGCUUCGUCUUUUAGUAUUACCAUCUGAAAUAUAGUUUGAGCUUGGAUGUUGUUUUUUAUCUAGUUCACCUCGAACUAGUAAUAGAUUAUGAUCAUUUGCAUAUAUUAACAAAGAAAUCCC